AUGCUGCUACAACAACAACAGCCGGCCCCACAACAUCCACAGCUGUUCGUACAACAACCCCACACCAAUGCCAUCUACAGCUGUGGCUACGAAAAGUACAACAAUCACAGCUGUAAACGAAACAACCACAUCGGCAUCAAUGACAACCACAGCCGUAGCUCCGACAACCACAGCCACAGCUCCAACAACCACAGUUGUACUCACAACAACAACAGCUGCUCCCACAACAACCGCAGAUGCACCCACAACAACCACAUAUUUUCUAACAACUACAGCAAUUCCAACAACCACAACAGCUUCCUCUUCAACAAACACAGCUGCUCCAACAACAACCACAGCUUUCCCCACGACAACCACAGUUGCUGCUACUACAACAACAGCUGUGGAUUCAACAACCACAGAUGCACCGACAACAAUCCCAAAAAUGUUAACAACUACAGCAGCUCCCAGAACCACCACAGCUUCCCCUACAACAACCACAGCUGUACUCAUAACAACCACAGCAUCUACCACAAAAUCCACAGUUACUGCUGCUACGACAACUACAGCUGUGGCUACAAAAACAAAUCUUUCUCCUACAAAAACCACAGCAGCACCAACAACGACUACAGCUGCUCCCACAACAACCAAACUGCAGACACAAGAAGAAGAGCUUCGUCCCCAAAAAAACCACAGCUGCUCCAACAACAACUACAGCUGCUUCUGCUACGACAACUAAAACUCUGCUGCAACAACAACAACAGCUGCAGCUACAACAACCACAGCCAGCCCCACAACCACAGAUGCUCCCGGAACAACCACGUCUACAACGACAACCACAGCCGCAGCUCCGACAACCACAGCCAGCCCCACAUCAACCACAGCUUCCCCCACAUCAAAAACAGAUGCUGCCAAGACAACAACAGCAGUCUCCACAACAUCCACAGCUGUUCCCACAACAACCACAGCUUCCCCCACAACAACCAUAGCUGCUGCUACGACAACAACAGCUACAACAACCAAAGCCAUCCCCACAACCACAGAUGCUCCCGGAACAACCACGUCUACAAUGACAACCACAGCCGAAGCACCGACAACCACAGCCAGCUCCACAUCAACCACAGCUUCCCCCACAACAACCAUAGCUGCUGCUACGACAACAACAGCUACAACAACCAAAGCCAUCCCCACAACCACAGAUGCUCCCGGAACAACCACGUCUACAAUGACAACCACAGCCGAAGCACCGACAACCACAGCCAGCUCCACAUCAACCACAGCUUCCCCCACAACAACCAUAGCUGCUGCUACGACAACAACAGCUACAACAACCAAAGCCAUCCCUACAACCACAGAUGCUCCCGGAACAACCACGUCUACAAUGACAACCACAGCCGAAGCACCGACAACCACAGCCAGCUCCACAUCAACCACAGCUUCCCCCACAACAACCAUAGCUGCUGCUACGACAACAAAAGCUACAACAACCAAAGCCAUCCCUACAACCACAGAUGCUCCUGGAACAAUCACGUCUACAACGACAACCACAUCCGCAGUUCCUACAACCACAGCCACUGUUCCCACAACAACUACAGCUUCCCCCACAACAACCAUAACUGCUGCUACGACAACAACAGCUACAACAACCAAAGCCAUCCCUACAACCACAGAUGCUCCUGGAACAAUCACGUCUACAACGACAACCACAUCCGCAGUUCCGACAACCACAGCCAGCCCCACAUCAACCACAGCUUCCCCCACAUCAAACACAGAUGCUGCUACAACAACAACAGCCGGCCCCACAACAUCCACAGCUGUUACUGUCCAAACAACAACAACAACAACAGCUGUUCCCACAACAACCACAGCUUCCCCGACAACAACCAUAGCUGCUGCAACAACAACAACAGCUGCAGCUACAACAACCACAGCCAGCCCCACAACCACAGAUGCUCCCGGAACAACCACGUCUACAACGACAACCACAGCCGCAGCUCCGACAACCACAGCCGCAGCUCCGACAACCACAGCCAGCCCCACAUCAACCACAGCUUCCCCCACAUCAAAAACAGAUGCUGCCAAGACAACAACAGCAGUCUCCACAACAUCCACAGCUGUUCCCACAACAACCACAGCUUCCCCCACAACAACCAUAGCUGCUGCUACGACAACAACAGCUACAACAACCAAAGCCAUCCCUACAACCACAGAUGCUCCCGGAACAACCACGUCUACAACGACAACCACAUCCGCAGUUCCGACAACCACAGCCAGCCCCACAUCAACCACAGCUUACCCCACAUCAAACACAGAUGCUGCUAA